AUGAAGUCAUUUCGAUAUUCCCAGAAAAACAAAAUAUUGAAGAUAGUAGAAGAAGUAAGGAACGGUGAAGGUUGUAAAUUCCGCUGUAUUGCUGCUGACGACGAGGACCGGAAAUGUGCAUACGUCCAAACGGUUUUCAACGCAGGAAACUUUAAACGCCACGUAGUUACGCAUCAUGCCGAAGUCGCAAGGCGGCUUGGUUUGGAGUACAGUCCAGAGAAGAACCAAACGGAAGUAACCUCAAAACCAACAGCAGGUGAACCGCCAGCCAAAAAAAUGAAACAAAAACUGUUAGUUGAGACAACCAAGAAAAAUAUUUUCCUUGGUACAUUGCAACUCGCUACCAGCUUCAAUUUGCCAUUACGCUAUCCUGACUGGCAGGGAAUGAAGCUGCUUGCAGGUCCACUUUGGGACGCAGCCGGUAUACGCAUGAACAAGCACGUAAUGCAGCAACUCAUUCGAAGGGCUGCUGAAUUGAUGAGAAGUAUUCUAAAAGCGGAAAUGAAUAGCAAAAUAGUUAACUUGAAAAUUGACUCAGCCUCUAGACGCAGUCGCUCGGUUUUCGGAGUAAACGUACAGUUCAUGGAUGAAGAAGAUCGUGUUCAAAUUCGUCAUCUUGCUGUACAAGAAAUGAUUCAACGGCAGACCAAGGAAAAUUUAAAAAUUGUUAUGGAAGAGGUAAUGUUGGUCUACGGGUUAUCUUCCAACCAGUUGUUAACAAUUGCUCAUGAUAAUGGCGCAAACAUGUGUGCGGCCGUAAAACUGCUAAAACUAACGAUGGAGAAUAACUCAAAAUAUACAAGCGAACCUUUGAGCACAAUGCUACCGCAAGAAUCGAAUAUUUUGAAGUCAGCUAUCGAUGGCUCGUUCACAGCUGAAAAGGAGAGUGACGAUGAACGGACGCUGAGUGAUGAAGACGAAGGCGAUUGGAAUGAUGAAAAUUUGCAAGAUAUUGGCGACGCUUUUGAUAAUGAACAAGAAGGUACUAUCAAUUACAAUUUUGAUCAAAGUGCUGACGAAGAAAACAGCGUUGAUUUGGGUGUUCUGAACAGCGUAAGAUGCGGAGCGCAUACGGCGCAGUUGGCUGUUUGGGAUGUAGUCAGAUUGGUCCGCUUUAGCGCAAAUUAUUGCCGCUGCGUCGAUUCAAACUCCAUGCAAAUGUUCAAUGGUGACAUUCAUCAUAUGACAGCCCUAGACGACAGUUUUACCUGUUUGGACGAAGAAUGUUAUCCCUCUCAGAAGGCUGUCUCCGCGACAGUUUAUGCGAAACAGCAGACACAAAAAAAUGGUAAACCGACAGCCCAUUCGGCUCGCUACGUUUAG